AUGGGUGCUGAUGCGUGCAUGUGUGCUGAUGCGUGCAUGGGUGCUGAUGCGUGCAUGGGUGCUGAUGCGUGCAUGGGUGCUGAUGCGUGCAUGGGUGCUGAUGCGUGCAUGGGUGCUGAUGCGUGCAUGGGUGCUCAUGCGUGCAUGGGUGCUGAUGCGUGCAUGGGUGCUGAUGCGUGCAUGGGUGCUGAUGCGUGCAUGGGUGCUGAUGCGUGCAUGGGUGCUGAUACGUGCAUGGGUGCUGAUGCGUGCAUGGGUGCUGAUGCGUGCAUGGGUGCUGAUGCGUGCAUGGGUGCUGAUGCGUGCAUGGGUGCUCAUGCGUGCAUGGGUGCUGAUGCGUGCAUGGGUGCUCAUGCGUGCAUGGGUGCUGAUGCGUGCAUGGGUGCUGAUGCGUGCAUGGGUGCUGAUGCGUGCAUGGGUGCUGAUGCGUGCAUGGGUGCUGAUGCGUGCAUGGGUGCUGAUGCGUGCAUGGGUGCUGAUGCGUGCAUGGGUGCUGAUGCGUGCAUGGGUGCUCAUGCGUGCAUGGGUGCUGAUGCGUGCAUGGGUGCUGAUGCGUGCAUGGGUGCUCAUGCGUGCAUGGGUGCUGAUGCGUGCAUGGGUGCUCAUGCGUGCAUGGGUGCUGAUGCGUGCAUGGGUGCUGAUACGUGCAUGGGUGCUGAUGCGUGCAUGGGUGCUGAUGCGUGCAUGGGUGCUGAUGCGUGCAUGGGUGCUGAUGCGUGCAUGGGUGCUCAUGCGUGCAUGGGUGCUGAUGCGUGCAUGGGUGCUGAUGCGUGCAUGGGUGCUCAUGCGUGCAUGGGUGCUGAUGCGUGCAUGGGUGCUCAUGCGUGCAUGGGUGCUGAUGCGUGCAUGGGUGCUGAUGCGUGCAUGGGUGCUGAUGCGUGCAUGGGUGAGUGGUUCGAGGACCUCGAGGAGUGGGCAGUGUACACGUCAACACAUGGGGCAGCCCUGGGGGAGAGCACCAAUCUGAAGAGCCACACCCGUGUAUCCGCUUGCUCACUGCGUCUGCUUCUCUCCCCUCUCUUAUCUCUUCCCCCUCAGGUGCGGGAGAUCAAGAACGGGCGGCUGGCAAUGAUGGCGUGGGUGGGCUUUGCCACCCAGGCAGCGGUGACAGGGCAGGGCGUGCUGGACGACUGGGAGGCCUUCCUGGCCGACCCCCUGCGCAACAACGCCCUCACCCUCGCCCUGCACGGCCUGCACUAG